CAUGUAUUGAAUUGACAGUGACUGAAAACCAUCGAGAAGCUAAAAAUGAGUGAAAACCUGAAAACUCAACUAGUUUGUUUUCUAGGAGUUGAUUAAAGGCUUAGACUUUUAAAAUAGAUAAGAAUAUAAUCAAAAGGCUUUAAUAUGAGUACAAAUAACGAAAUCGUACCUUACGAUCAGUACGACAACAAUUUUAUCAACAAACUUUUGGGCGAAAUGAAAAGUAAGUUUAAUAAACCACAGGACUUAACAGAAGAAUCAAAAGACGAAUCAAAAAUUGAGGUAGAAAACGAAAUUAAGGAUGAAGACAUUGAUACACCAGAAGUCACUCAGUUUAAAAAACCAAAUUCUGAAUCCAUGAUAAAAUCUAGUAAAGGCAAUUCUCCAAGUAGGCGAUCUUUCAGGCAAAAAAACAAUUAUUCUGAAGAAAAACUUGAUGACAGUCUUAAAAGAUCGUCUAGAAGGAGAAGCAAAGAAUCUGUUUUACAAAAUGCUAUAGCUAGAAAAGAAAAAUCCUAUAAUGAGUCCAGUAAGCCGCAAAGACUAUCCAGGCAGUUAAGACCUACAAAAAAGGUUUUAGAAAAUAUAGCACAAGCCAAAGAAGUGAAAAAAGUUAAAAUGAAGACUCCAGAGAAGUGUUCUAAGAGUGAAAGUAAUGUGGAAAUGCUACGUGAAGGUCCUAAAAAAGGUAAAAACAGUCCGUCAAAAAACCAAAGACACGUCAAAAGACUGAAAACUAGUGAUAGUGAUAAAUCUGAAUCGAAUAGUAGUUUUGAGGAUGAGGUGGAAAUAGAAGCAGGCAAAAAUGUCAGAAAAUCUCGCAGAAUUUCAGCAAGUCAGUUAUUAUUUAGUCCAAAACCACAAAUAGCUGAUGAUGCUGAAGACAUUCCUAAUUAUUUGGAAAAUUCUAUAAUUGAAAAUCCUGAACUAGCUGUCAGACUAUGUUUAUGUACCCAGAAAUCUAAAUUUUAUCCGUUAAAUAAUAUUGAAGGUGUUGUUUAUUGUUCAGCUGUAGAUAGUAUAGAUGAUAGACUAGUUGGAUGUUCUAGAGAGGUUAAUACAGAUAUUUCUCCAUUAUUACGACCAUCUCAAAGGAUCCCUUACAUGAGCCUCUGUGAAUUGCACAAAAAUAGACUAAUACGGCACAAUUGUUGUCCUACCUGUGGCAUAUUUUGUACUCAGGGCAAAUUUUAUGAAUGCGAUGCCAAGCAUCAGUAUCACCAAAAAUGUCGUUUGUCCGUGGGUAAUACAGAGUGUUGUCCCCAUUGCGGUCUAUCUACCCCUUCCAGAGAUAUCUCACUUAAAUUCCAGUGUUCAAACGGUCCCGUAUUUCUUCCCGUCCAAAAAUCAGAACGCGGACUCGCUAAAAUGGCAUUUUCGAAAGCUUGCGAUCGAAUCCGCUGUUCGACGCCUCUCUUGAUACCUUCCGAUUCUUUUCGAAAUGUCGACAAUGCUCUUACCAACGGAUCGGACACGACCUACAGCGAAAGCGACAUUUUGGACGCGAUCAGCGAAGAGGACGCCGAAAAAUUGACGUCUGCUAUAACAUCAAAUUCAGUGGACAUACAUGUCAAACUGUCAGAUUUCAAUGACGGAUCCUUGCUGCAUUAUUCAGCGUCCAAGGGGAUGUUGGACAUUUGUCAUUUGUUGAUUUCUUUGGGAUUGCCGAUCAACGAUAUCGAUAAGGAGCAGAACACCGCUUUGAUGUUGGCGAUAACGGCGCAUAAAAUGGACGUUGUGCAAUAUUUGGUACGAGCCGGGGCCAAUAUAGUUCUGAAGGGAACAGACGGUAUGACCGCUUUACAUGUGUCAGCGAAAUGCGGUAACCUGGACGCUUGUCGAAUUCUCAUAGAAGCGGGCUCUUCCCAAAGAAAUUACGUCAACUGUCAAGACGACGGCGGAUGGACUCCGUUGGUGUGGGCGUGCGAAAACGGCUUCUCGGAGAUCGCUGAUUUUUUGAUAUCUAAAGGAGCCGAUCCGAAAUUGAGAGACGUUGAAUAUAACGAAGCUUUGCAUUGGGCUGCUUUCAGCGGGUGUUCCCAUAUCGUGGAGAUGUUGGUCAAUAGAGGUUGCAACGUCAAUACUGUCAAUGCGCACGGAGAAACACCUUUACACAUAGCGGCAAGGGAGGACAGAUACAAUUGCGUGAUAGUGUUACUGGCUAGAAGGGCCGAUGUUUUUUUAGUGAACAAGAACAACGAGACGGCCCUAAAUUGUGUACCUGAAGAUGGAUUGUCCUACAAUCCUAUAGCUUUAAAUAUGAGACUGCAGUCGUUGUUAGACACCGAAUCCAGACAGUAUAGGAUUAUUUUGUCAGACGAUAUAUCAAAAGGUAGAGAACCGAACCCGGUACAAUGUACAAACGCGGUGGACGACGAUCUCGAGCCCAAAGACUACAUUUACAUCACUAAAUCCUUCAUGGUUUCAGAAGGUUUUAGCAUAACAACCAAACCGAGCGAUUUACAAACUUGCGCAUGCGAAGAACGAUGCGUCGGGGACGAUUGUCUCUGCGGUAGAUUGUCGGUAAAAUGUUGGUACGACGAAGAUGGCAAGCUUGCAUUCAAUUUCGAUUUUUUAGAUGCGCCGAUAAUCUUCGAAUGUUCGGACACGUGUGCCUGCAACGCAAUCACGUGUCGAAAUAGGGUGGUACAAAGAGGGACGCAGCAGAGAUUCGAAGUGUACAAGACUGAAAGAAAAGGCUGGAGCGUACGGACGCUCAAAUGCAUACCUAAAGGUUCUUUUGUGUGCGAAUACGUAGGAGAGAUUUUGACUGACACGGAUGCAGAUCGUAGAGACGACGACAGUUUUUUAUUCGAUCUCGGCAGCAAGGAGACUGAGAGUUUUUGUGUUGACGCACAAUAUUACGGAAAUCUGACGAGAUUCAUCAAUCAUAGCUGCGAUCCCAAUUUGCACCCUAUAAAAGUUUUCAUAGAUCACCAAGAUGUGAGAUUUCCCAGAAUAGCCUUCUUUGCUCUGAAAGACAUUCCCAUAGGCGGUGAAAUUUGUUUUGAUUAUGGGCCCAAGUUUUGGAUAGCGAAAUACAAGUCGUUUACUUGCCAUUGCGGUUCUGAUGAUUGUAGAUAUUCUGAAGAAAAUGUCGGACAAACGUUCGCCGAAAUUGAAGACAGUUUAAAUGAAGAUAGUUCAUUGAGCUGAGUCAAAAACAUUCCAAAUCAAAUUAUAUCAAUUUUAGAUGUACUAACGUUAUGUAAUUUAUUUAACACAAGAGUUUUUUAAACUCAAUCGUUAUAAUUAUUAAAAUCUUUAAAUUUGUAUCGUCAUUUUUUGGCAGAAACUUAGUGAUACAAUAAUUGAAGGGAAUAUUUAGAGAUAAUUUAUUUAUUUCAAAACUGUAUUUAAAAAUU